AUGGGAGGAGGCUGUAAUGACCCUGAGAGCAUGGGAGGAGGCUGUAAUGACCCUGAGAGCAUGGGAGGAGGCUGUAAUGACCCUGAGAGCAUGGGAGGAGGCUGUAAUGACCCCGAGAGCAUGGGAGGAGGCUGUAAUGACCCCGAGAGCAUGGGAGGAGGCUGUAAUGACCCCGAGAGCAUGGGAGGAGGCUGUAAUGACCCCGAGAGCAUGGGAGGAGGCUGUAAUGACCCCGAGAGCAUGGGAGGAGGCUGUAAUGACCCCGAGAGCAUGGGAGGAGGCUGUAAUGACCCCGAGAGCAUGGGAGGAGGCUGUAAUGACCCCGAGAGCAUGGGAGGAGGCUGUAAUGACCCCGAGAGCAUGGGAGGAGGCUGUAAUGACCCCGAGAGCAUGGGAGGAGGCUGUAAUGACCCCGAGAGCAUGGGAGAAGGCUGUAAUGACCCCGAGAGCAUGGGAGGAGGCUGUAAUGACCCCGAGAGCAUGGGAGGAGGCUGUAAUGACCCCGAGAGCAUGGGAGGAGGCUGUAAUGACCCCGAGAGCAUGGGAGGAGGCUGUAAUGACCCCGAGAGCAUGGGAGGAGGCUGUAAUGACCCCGAGAGCAUGGGAGGAGGCUGUAAUGACCCCGAGAGCAUGGGAGGAGGCUGUAAUGACCCCGAGAGCAUGGGAGGAGGCUGUAAUGACCCCGAGAGCAUGGGAGGAGGCUGUAAUGACCCCGAGAGCAUGGGAGGAGGCUGUAAUGACCCCGAGAGCAUGGGAGGAGGCUGUAAUGACCCCGAGAGCAUGGGAGGAGGCUGUAAUGACCCCGAGAGCAUGGGAGGAGGCUGUAAUGACCCCGAGAGCGUGGGAGGAGGCUGUGAUGACCGUGAGAGCGUGGGAGGAGGCUGUGAUGACCGUGAGAGCGUGGAAGGAGGCUGUGAUGACCGUGGGAGCGUGGGAGGAGGCUGUGAUGACCGUGAGAGCAUGGGAGGAGGCUGUAAUGACCCUGAGAGCAUGGGAGGAGGCUUUGAUGACCCUGAGAGCGUGGGAGGAGGCUGUGAUGGCCGUGAGAGCGUGGGCAGGAGGCUGUGA